GCAUCCUUCCCCCAAUCCCCUCAGGCUCGGCUGCGCCGGGGGCCGCGGGCCGGUUCCUGAGGUGGCCCAGGGGCCCUCCCGCCGCCGGCGCCGCCCGGGCCGUCCCUCCCCGCCGCCCCCCGCCCUCCGCCUCCGCCUCCCCCCGCCCUCCGCCUCUCUUCCCCCUCCCCGCCCAGCAGCGGUCGCUCGGGCCCCGGCUCUCGGUUAUAAGAUGGCGGCGCUGAGCGGCGGCGGCGGCGGCGGUGGCGCGGAGCAGGGCCAGGCUCUGUUCAACGGGGACAUGGAGCCCGAAGCCGGCGCCGCGGCCUCUUCGGCUGCGGACCCUGCCAUUCCCGAGGAGGUGAGUGCCGGCGCACCCUACACCCCUCAGGUCUCUGGGCUCGGCUGGCUGGUGUUUUUGGGGGGAAAGAGACUUGAUUUUUCCAGGCCCCAAAUUCUCACCAGUCCGUCUCCUUCAAAAUCCAUUCCAAUUCCACAGCCUUUCCGACCAGCAGAUGAAGAUCAUCGAAAUCAAUUUGGACAGCGAGACCGGUCCUCAUCAGCUCCAAAUGUGCAUAUAAACACAAUAGAGCCUGUCAAUAUUGAUGACUUGAUUAGAGACCAGGGGUUUCGUAGUGAUGGAGCCCCUUUGAACCAGCUGAUGCGUGGUCUUCGGAAAUACCAAUCCCGGACUCCCAGUCCCCUCCUACAUUCUGUCCCCAGUGAAAUAGUGUUUGAUUUUGAGCCUGGCCCAGUGUUCAGAGGAUCAACCACAGGCUUGUCUGCCACCCCCCCUGCCUCAUUGCCGGGCUCUCUCACUAAUGUAAAAGCAUUACAGAAAUCUCCAGGGCCUCAGCGGGAAAGGAAAUCUUCUUCAUCCUCAGAAGAUAGGAAUCGAAUGAAAACACUUGGUAGAAGGGAUUCAAGUGAUGAUUGGGAGAUUCCUGAUGGGCAGAUCACAGUGGGACAGAGAAUUGGAUCCGGAUCAUUUGGGACAGUCUACAAGGGAAAGUGGCAUGGUGAUGUGGCAGUGAAAAUGUUGAAUGUGACAGCACCCACACCUCAGCAGUUACAGGCCUUCAAAAAUGAAGUAGGAGUACUCAGGAAAACUCGGCAUGUGAACAUCCUGCUCUUCAUGGGCUAUUCAACAAAGCCCCAGCUGGCUAUUGUCACCCAGUGGUGUGAAGGCUCCAGCUUAUACCACCAUCUCCACAUCAUCGAGACCAAAUUUGAGAUGAUCAAGCUGAUAGAUAUUGCUCGGCAGACUGCGCAGGGCAUGGAUUACUUACACGCCAAGUCAAUCAUCCACAGAGACCUCAAGAGUAAUAAUAUUUUUCUUCAUGAAGACCUCACAGUAAAAAUAGGUGAUUUUGGUCUAGCCACAGUGAAAUCUCGAUGGAGUGGGUCCCAUCAGUUUGAACAGUUGUCUGGAUCCAUUUUGUGGAUGGCACCAGAAGUAAUUCGAAUGCAAGAUAAAAACCCAUAUAGCUUUCAGUCAGAUGUAUAUGCAUUUGGAAUUGUUCUCUAUGAAUUGAUGACUGGACAGUUACCUUAUUCAAACAUCAACAACAGGGACCAGAUAAUUUUUAUGGUGGGACGAGGAUAUCUUUCUCCAGAUCUCAGUAAGGUACGAAGUAACUGUCCGAAAGCCAUGAAGAGAUUGAUGGCAGAGUGCCUAAAAAAGAAAAGAGAUGAGAGGCCACUGUUUCCCCAAAUUCUUGCCUCUAUUGAGCUGCUGGCCCGCUCAUUGCCAAAAAUUCACCGCAGUGCAUCAGAACCCUCCUUGAAUCGGGCUGGCUUCCAGACAGAGGAUUUUAGUCUCUAUGCUUGUGCUUCUCCAAAAACACCCAUCCAGGCAGGGGGAUAUGGAGAAUUUGCAGCCUUCAAGUAGCCACACCAUCAUGGCAACAUCUACUCUUAUUUCUUAAGUCUUGUGUUCGUACAGUUUGUUAACAUCAAAACACAGUUCUUCUGUUC